CUCUUUGCAUCCCUUCACACAGGUAAUGAUGCAAUGCCUCCGAAGGGCCAGUUGAACAAUCGGUAUUUAUGUGGAGUCAGAAUGAUCAGGAGACUGAAGACUAGAACUCACUGCAUAUACAUAAAAUUUUAUCUUCAAUUGAUGGGUGUAUUGUGUGAUUGGAGGGAAAAGGCAGCAUGAACAGAGGAUUGUACGUGUUGUUGAGAUGGUAGGAGAAGGUCUAUGAUGUGCUUCUGUGUGUGUACAUGGUGGAGCCAAAAUCUUGUGAAAUAAUAAGGUAUAUCAAUGGGUUUCUGACAUGGUAACAGGGAGACGUAGAUGUAAAAACUGAGGCAAAACAGAGUACAGGAAAAGUUUUUCCCCUUGAAAAAUAACACCCAGAAUUCCAUAAAAAACAUGGUAGAGGUUAUCAUCCUCUCCCUCAUAAGUUUUCCAAGCUCCAGGGCAAAAUGCUGUGAAAUGGAAGUACUCGAUGAGUGACAUUUGUCUGUCUGCCUCCCAAAGAUCCUUAAUUUUACUCUGCCAACCUUUCCCCUCCCUGUUCAACCCCUUUCUCUCCCUCCCUCCCUCUCUCUAACACCGCCAGCACCUUUUCUGGUUUUGAAUGAAAUUCCUGCCAGCUUUGAAGGAGGGAGAGGGAAGGAGAGGAGAAAGUUUCUCAAACUCCUCCCAUGUGAGCCUCCCUAAACCUCUGCUCAGCCCAGCCCAGCCGGUGUGAAACCCAAUAACUAGGAUCACUCAACAAUGCCUUCCCUUCACAGGCUGCACCUUGGCUGCACCAAGGAAGAGCGCAGCAGAGUGAGAAAGUGCUGCUGUCGGCAGGAGCUCUAGAAUCACUUGCCUCCACCACCCUGUGAAGAUCAAACCAGAGGGUGAAGGAGAGAGGGAGCAAGACGGUGGAGGAGAGAAGCAGCCUGAAGCAACAUGCUGGCUCCAGCUGGACUCCGAAUGGACCAGCUGCUGAUGCCCUGGUGGCUUUUCCUGUGUUUUUCAGGCACGCUCAAGAUUGUGUCUUUGGAACAAGGUGCUGCACCCUCCUGCCCACCUCUGUGCCACUGUGAGGAAGAUGGCAUCAUGCUCUCCGUGGACUGCUCAGAGCUUGUGCUCUCUUCUGUUCCCAAUGGCCUGAGUCCCUUAACAGCCUACCUAGAUCUGAGCAUGAACAACAUCAGUGAACUGCUCCCUGGUGACUUCCAACACCUGCGCUUUCUAGAAGAAUUGCGCCUUUCUGGAAAUCAGCUCUCUAGGAUCCCAAGGGAAGCAUUUUCUGGCCUCUACAAUUUAAAGAUUUUGAUGUUACAGAACAAUCAGCUCAAUCGGAUUCCAGCAGAGGCUUUGUGGGAUCUUCCAAACCUCCAGUCGCUGCGCCUGGAUGCCAACUUGAUUUCUGUGGUACCAGAGAAGAGCUUUGAGGGGCUUCCCUCCUUACGUCACCUUUGGCUGGAUGAUAAUUCCCUGACCGAGAUCCCUAUCAAAGCACUUAAUAACCUGCCAGCUCUACAGGCCAUGACCUUGGCACUCAACAAAAUCUGGCACAUUCCUGACUACGCCUUUGAGAACCUUACGAGUCUUGUGGUUCUACAUCUACAUAACAACCAAAUCCAGAGUCUGGGAAUACAUGGUUUUGAAGGACUUCACAGCCUGGAAACAUUGGACUUAAACUAUAACGAGCUGGUGGAAUUUCCAAUAGCCAUUAGGACACUCGGACGACUUCAAGAGCUAGGCUUUCAUAACAACAACAUCAAGGCUAUUCCAGAGAAAGCAUUUGAUGGAAAUCCCUUACUCCAGAUUAUGACUUUGACACGAGCUGAAAUCCGCUCACUUCCCAGGGGAAUGUGCCAAGAGUUACCCAGCCUUCGUGUUCUUGAGCUCUCACACAAUCAAAUUGAAGAGCUGCCCAGUUUCCACUACUGCCAGAAGCUGGAAGAAAUUGGCCUUCAGCACAACUGCAUCCAUGAAAUUGGAGCAGACACCUUUGGGCAGCUCACAGCCUUGCGUUCCAUCGAUCUGAGUUGGAACUGCAUCCAGCACAUCCAUACUGAAGCUUUUGCUACCCUAAAUUCUCUUAUCAAACUAGAUUUGACUGACAAUCAGCUGGUGACACUGCCGUUGGCUGGUUUGAGUAGAUUGACUCAUCUGAAGCUCAAAGGCAACCCUGCAUUGUCUGAACCCUUCAGUAAAGAAAGCCUUCCCAAGAUAAGGGUCCUGGAAGUGCCCUAUGCCUACCAGUGCUGUGCCUAUGGAGCAUGUGGCAACUUCUUCAAAGGCUCCAGUCAGUGGGAUUUGGAGGAUAUGAGUCCUGAGGAUGAGGAUGGCUCUAAGAGGACCUUGGGACUAUUUCCAGGCCAUGCUGAUAGUCACUAUGACUUGGAUGUAGAUGACUUCCAGUUAGAACUUGAUGAUUCAAAGCUAUACUCUAACAUCCAGUGUACUCCCAGCCCUGGUCCUUUCAAGCCCUGUGAUCACCUGUUUGACAGCUGGGUCAUCCGCAUGGGCAUCUGGCUAAUCACAUUGGUAUCCAUGCUAUGCAAUGGGCUGGUCAUGGUGGUUGUCUUUGCCUCGCCUGGCUAUCUCUCUCCUAUCAAGUUUGUUAUCGGCACCAUUGCCGGCUCUAACAUACUGACAGGCCUGUAUUGUGCUAUUCUGGCCUUUGUGGAUGUGUUCACCUUUGGUCAUUUUGCAAAAUAUGGAGCCAGGUGGGAGACAGGUAUAGGGUGUCAGGUGACUGGAUUCUUGUCAGUCUUUGCAUCAGAGGCUUCAAUUCUCCUCCUAACAUUGGCCACUGUGCAAUGCAGUCUCUCAGUAUCAUGCAUGCAAGCAUAUGGGAAGGUACCAUCCUUUGGCACUGUUAAAGCAGGUGCCCUAAGUUGCCUGGCACUUUCUUUGGUUGCUGCAAUGCUGCCUUUCUUCUCUGUUGGAGAAUACGGGGCAUCUCCACUCUGCCUACCUUACCCACUCCCUGAUGGGAAACCUUCCAUGCUGGGUUUUAUGGUGACAUUGGUGCUGGUAAACACCCUCUGCUUCCUCAUUAUCACUGGGACAUACAUCCGCCUCUAUUGCAACCUGUUGAAAGGCGAGUUUGAUUCUGUAUGGGAUUGUGCUAUGAUCAAGCAUGUUGCUUGGCUCAUUUUCACCAAUUGUCUUCUCUACUGUCCCGUGGCCUUCCUGACAUUCUCUUCUAUGCUCAGCCUCUUCCUCAUCACACCUGAAGUAAUCAAGUCUGUGUUGUUGGUGGUGCUCCCUCUGCCCGCCUGCUUGAACCCCUUGCUCUAUCUGCUCUUCAACCCCCAUUUCAGAGAUGACCUGCGGCUACUGAGGCGAAAGGGGCAGGCUCAGGAGAGCUGUGCCCAGUCGUAUGUGUCUGAGGACACAGAGAAGAGCACAUAUGACUCUACUCAGGCCCUUGUUGCUUUCUCUGACAUGGAUCAUAUCUUUGAGGCAUCAGACAUCUUCAAAGUGCCUUCAAAUUGCUCAUCAGUCUUAGAUGCCUACAACUUCCCUUCAGUGACUCUCAUCCCUUGCCAACAAAAGGCACAUGUGAAAGGAUAUGACAGUGGCUUCUCUACCCACCUUUCCUACCUUGCUGAAGAUGAGCUGCUAAUUGCAUCAGAAAGCAGGGACACAAUAGCAAGGAGUAACCUUCGGAUUGCUUUGUUUCCCAAACCAUCUACACCGGCCUUCACUUCUCACUUAUAAACAGCCCUUCAGCUUCCUGGACACAAUGCACAUUCCUUCAGCAAAAAACCUAUGCAAAGAUACUAGGCUGUAGCCACCAAGAGCUUGAGGGCAAUGGCUCUUCUGGGGGAAAGGGCAACCCAGUUAAUUGCUUCUUCUGGAAAGGCUUGAUUGAAUGCAAGGUGCUGCCUGCUCCAUGUGUUGUUUGCUGGAGCAUUAUCUCCUCCUAUCCUGAAGCUGCAGAGUAUUUCUGAGGAGAGGAAAAACUAGGGAAGAGUUCAAAUCCUCAAAGCCUGUUAACAAGAAGACAGGCUAUUACAUAACAGAGCAAGCCAGUAGCAAAAUCAGAAGUUGCUGCGGUGCCUAACCAAUUGUGUCUUGGUUUCCUGAGAUACUUCUGACCCCUGAUAAAUUGUGUGAGACCAAAUGAAGUGUUGAACUGGAGAAUCGUAUCCUAGGAGAGUGACAGAGUAGAUAUAAUUCCGGAUGAUGUUAUGACUGAUAUAAAGUAAUGUAAUGAGAUACACAAUCAUUUUGCUUUUACAAAAGAAUAUCUGAAAACUUUUACAAAAAAGGAGUGGCUUUCAAUUUGGAACACUAUAGUUUUCAUAGAGCAUAGAUUUUUAAAGAACAAUUUAUCCUCCUAGUCUGCAGAUGUCUAAAAUAACUCCCAAGAAAUUAAUGCAUCCCAAAGCAACAUAUUUUAUUACAACAUUGCUGCCUGUGAGUCAAAGUGUAGUGGAAAACCCAAAAAUAGAAGAAUUUUGCAGCCCACACUUCUAAGAACCAGACCACAAGAUCAGCUCACUGCUUAGGAUAGAUUGCAUCUUUCUGGCCGUAGUUCCACCAGAGCCCAUGAGUAUAAAGUGAGCUGAAAAAUAAUUUAAGGAAAUCAGUUCUAAGCUAAGGACCCAGACUAUCAAUUCUAACCCAGACUAUUGAAGAACAAACAGUACAGAAAUAUUUCUUCUGCCUUGUAGCAUUCUCAAUUUUUAAACCUGCCAGUGCUACAAGGAAGAAAGCUACUAAACAACCAUGUAUUCAAGGGAAAGGGAAGCCACAGACUUAUUACAAUUAGGACAAGGAUUCCUACCAUGAAAUAUUCUUAGCCACUACUGUAAAUCUAACACAGUACAAAUACACCUAAAGCCAACCAUUACAUAUACUGUGAUCCAAUUGUAGUGUGACAGAAAUAAUGUAAGGAUCAGUCUUGGCAUAGUUCAAGUCUCCAAACAAAGCAGUAUAUUUUGGCUUCUGAAAUUGAUUUUUUAACCAUAAACUUUUCAACUUUUUUGUAAAUUAAGGGUACAAAUUAUUAAAGGGUAUUUACACCUUUGCCUUCUCAUCUAAAAGAACCAAUAGAAGUUGUGUGUAUUCAAGUAAUUUCCGGUUUAUGGCCACCCUAAGGCUUAAGUCAUUAUGGGGUUUUCUUGGCAGGGUUUGUGCAGACAUUGUCUUUCUGUGAGGCUGAGAGUGAUUGCCCAAGGUCACUCAAUAAAUUUCCAUGGCUGAGUGGGGAUUUUAUCCUGAACUCCUAAAGUACUAGUCUAACACAUAAACUACUAUGCCACAAUGGUUCACAGUGACAAAAGGCAAAUCAGGAGGCUGGCUCUCACUGUUAACAUCAUUGUUACCUUAUAAUUUUGAUGUGAUUCAUUUCCAAAAUGAACUGGUUGGAGAAAAUACUCUAACCUUUUAAGAGCAGGUUGAUGAAAACCUCCAAAUUAUUUUUUACAUUCUGUUCUUUGGGGUUGUUGUGUGUUUUCCGAGCUGUAUGGCCAUGUUCCAGAAAUAUUACUUCUGGAAGAAUACUUCUGGAACAUGGCCAUAAAACUCAGAAAACACACAACCACCCUGUGAUCCUGGCCAUGAAAGCCUUCAACACAUUCUGUUCUUUGAGAUGCCUAGCUAUCAGCAUGAAAAAUUUGUCCAGUGUUACAUGAGCACAUUUGUAUCAAUGGAAUCCCACUCCUCAAUAUUUUAAUACCUCAAGAGGUUUAGCUCUUAAGAGAGCUGGGAGAUAAACCUUAAGACUGAAACCCAGGAAAGUGAGAAAUAUUACAAAAACAGUUCAGAUGUAUUUUGCUCCUAUCCCAUAAGAUCAAUUUGGCAUGUCUGGUAAUUCUGGUUACUGCAGAGUUCUGGUUAAACAGAACUCCAGAACUCUUAAUCUCCAGUUGCUACCUAGGCUUAUGGCCUCAUACAGACACAGUGAAAGCUGACUCAUAUGUAAUAGGAAGACUCACUGCACCUUACCAAAAAGAAAGGUACUGCUAAUGUAAUAGGAAGCACUUGAAUUCCAGAGGGUCUCACAUUAAGUUAUAAAUUAGGAAAUAAUUGAAUUGCUGACAUAAGCUAUUAAUCAGUGCAGCUAUCAGCCACGUUUUCAGGAAGUAAUUACCCCAGUGAAGAACUUUCUUCCUUCAAUAAUGAAACUGGCAAAGAACAGUUUGUGCAUCAAAUUCAGAAGUCAAAUCCAACAGGAUUGCUGUGUUUGAACAUUAAAUGCCUUACACAGCUGCCUUUUACUGCCCCAAUAAAUUUACCAGAAAGGAUAAAGAUCAAAGGAAGCUACCUGCUCAUCCAGAAACCAUAUAACAUGCUUACUCAGAAGAAUAUCACACACUGAAUUCAAUGAGAUUUAUUCCCAAGUACAGUCAUUGUAUUAAUACUGUUACUUUAGGUAUUUGUUUGAGAAGUGCUGAGCAUGCUACUAUACACAAAAUAGUAAGUAAUACCACUGGCUAUGUGGACUUCAUAUUACCUGAUAUUCCUAACCUACAUGAAGCCUGAUUAAGUAUCUAAAGGUCAGGAGGGGCAGGGGGAUAUUCUCUAGUGGUUUUCAGCCUGUGGGUCGCCAGGUGUUUUGGCUCACAACUCCCAGAAAUCCCAGCCAGUUUACCAGCUGUUAGGAUAUCUGGGAGUUGAAGGCCAAAACAUCUGUGGACCCAUUGGUUGAGAACCACUGUUCUAGAAAGUGUGGAGACAAUUUUGCUUCUUCUGUGGCUGAUGGGAGGGGGUACUAAGGGCUAUUUCAGGUCUGGCACAGUAUCUAUCAUGGAAGUUAACCAUUCAGAAACCAGUUUGAUUUUUUAUUAAGCACCUCUUUCUCCUUGGCCCAGGACAGAUAUAACAUAUAGCAUUUUGAGUAUUUAAAUUAAGAGAAAUUAUAAAAUUAGGGGGAAAAAUAACAGAUUGUCCUGGGGAGUAUACUCUAGUUAGAAUUCAGGCGACUGACCUCCACAGAACUGUUCAGUAUCAUAGUUGUGCCUUGGAACAGAAGAACAUGCUAAUGAAAACAUCUUGCAUCACAUCCAGGUGAGAGCAAAUAAAAUUAUUUUACCUAUUUUUAAAAUCUGCUGCAAGUGUUUACAUUUUGGAAAUUAUGAAAUAAAGUUUAUGAAACUAUUUCUACACUCCACUAGAUCAGUGAUUCUCAACCUGUGGGUCCCCAGGUGUUUUGGCCUACAACUUCCAAAAGUCCUAGCCAGUUUACCAGCUGUUAGGAUUUCUGGGAGUUGAAGGCCAAACAUCUGGGGACCCACAGGUUGAGAACCAUUGCACUAGAUAGUUACCUGAAACAAGCUAUGGCCUUUCAACCACUGUUGCAUGGCCCUUACAGAUAUUGCAACAAGGAAGCUUCCAGGACCAUAAAGCUUUGUAAAUAUCAAGCAUUCUUCAGUCACCACCCAUUAUUAGUCUCUAAACAUGAUUUUAUGCAAGUGUGGAGAAGGUUUAGCCCCAGCUGCCUAGGCACUGGUGGUAGGUGUCAAUUUUACCAUGUUCUUUGAUGUAUUAUGGGUGUCCUAUUUCAAACAGGAAGCUGACAUUUGAAAAAAGGACUCUCCUGGGCCUAGAUUGUACUGUCAUAGAAAAAUAUGGCAAAACUGUUAAAAUAAGCCCCAAAGGAAAGAUGUAUCAAUAUAUAAGGAAGGCAAGAAGGAGACACAGAGGAAAGACAUGGGGCUAAGGGGACAGAUAUUAGGAGACUGAGCUGGAGGGUGAGUGUUAAGGUCCUGGGAUUUUUUUAUAUAACUUCUGCUUGAAUCUUACCAAAUACUAGAGCUACGGGAAACAUGGUGUUGUUAUAUUUGACAUUGUUAGAUUGAGUCAGGUCAUCCAAUACAAAUCCUGAAGUCCUACAAUUCUAACCAUUGAUCUUACUGUGUCCAUUACCAUAUCAAGAUCCCGUCCUAUGUUGAAGCUAAUAAAAAAUCUGAUGAAAUACCUUUACACACCAUGUAUAUGUUAUUGUCUGUAUAUACAUGUCAUAUAUGCAAUAUCCAGCAUGCGUGUGUUUGUAUAUUAUGUUUAUAUUUAUAGAGAGAGAUAUAUAGCCACUUUCCCUCUCUUUCUGGUUCUUAUUUUAAUUCUUUUCUUUUUUGUAUAUUGCUUUGUAAAUCAUUCCCUAUAGAAAACUAUGUAGAAAAUUAAAAACUGUAAUUUUUAAACAA